CCUCCCUCCCCUCUCCCCUCUCCCCCUCCUCCUCAGUCUCCGACAGCGAGACGCCAAGAUGGAGCCUGAGGACCUACCUUGGCCCGGCGAGCUCGAGGAGGAGGAGGAGGAGAAGGAGGAGGAGGAGGAGGCAAAAAAGGAGGAGGAGGAGGUGAAGAGCUUGGAUGAGGACGAGGAGGUGAAGAGCUUGGAUGAGGACGAGGUGGUGAUGGUGGAGGACGUGGAGGACGAGGAGCCGCGGGAACUGGACACGGACUUCAACUACGAGAGCCAGCCGGAGGAGAGUUCGGACGACUACGAGGAGGACGACGAGGCCAAGGCCUGGCUGCAGGCGCACCCCAGCGGGACGCUGCCUCUGCCGUCGCCGCCGAAGCACCGCUACUCCGAGGGCGAGUGGCGCGGCCCGGAGAAGGUUGUUCCAUUGACCAGUCAUGUAUGGCAACAGUCAUCAUCUCAAGAAAAUAGUAGAACACAGAUUUCUGAUUCUAAUGUGGCCUCUUCGGAAGAAACAGCUCAGAAGGGUUCUGGGGAUGAUCAGAGAACAGAAUCUUGGCAUUUUCUUCCUCAAGAAAUCGACUCUUCCCACACCUCGGAUACAUCUCAGACCAGGUUUAAUGUGAGAGAGGAAGAGACAGAUGCAGCAGACUUCCUCUCUGUGGAGGAGAGUAUAUUGACCCAAUCAGAAAAUCAAGUAAAGAAACACAACAGAGGUCUCUUUUGUUCUCCAUUGCUAGUCAUACAAGACAACUUUGCUUCUCCUGAUUUGCCUUUGCUGACAUGUUUGACACAAGGCCAAGAGAUUGGGCCUGAUUCCAUAUUUCACCAAAGUGGACUAGAUUUUGCACCUCUGAGGGGAAUUCCUGGUAAGUCCGAAGACAUUGAAGGGUUUUCUCGACCGGCGGAAGUUAGUGAAGCUUUAUUCCAGGCAACCUCAGAAGUAGCUUCAGACUUAGUUAACAGUCGCUUUAAUGUAUCUCAGCACACACUUAUAGGGAGUACAGAUGUUGAGUCUCAGGGCUCUUUUUUACAUCCUGAGCAAGAAACCACAGAAGAGACUGUUUUAACCUAUACAGUUGAUGAACUGAAAAAGCCCAAAGACUCUGAUAGUUAUGGUUCUCUUUGUUCAUAUAUGUCAUGGAAGAUACAAGAAGUUACACAGAAGCCAGAAACCAAUUUAGCUGAUAAAGAUCAAUUUUCUUUUUCAACUUCAUCUGAUACAAGUGAUAAAUAUGUAACUCCUAAAGAAAGUGACAGUUUUGAUGCUUCUUGUUCAGAUGUGCACUAUUGGAAACGGGAAGCUUUACAGCAGUCAGAAAAAUACUUAACCAGUAAGGACCAUGAUUCCUGCUCAGAUUCAUCUGAUACAGUUGAUAAAAAUAAAAGUCUUGAGGGGAGUGACAAUUUUAAUGCCCCCUUUUUAUUUAUGCCAUGGACCAAGCAGGGAGCUUCACACCAUCCAGAAACAUGUCUAGUCAAGAAGGCAGGAUCUUCAAACAUUAUUUACCCACUGGAAGUAUCUACUUCAGAUUCUUUGUUUUCGCAAGAUUUAAAGCAGCAAACCUUUGAAGAAGUUGCAGAUUCCUCAAACGAUAUUUUGGAGGGCCUGCAGAGGAAGGCUGAAUCUGACAUCUAUUCUCUGGAUGAUGAUAUUGAAUGCUGUAGCCUAGAUGAAAAUGCUGUUGUAUGCAAUGAAAGAUCUGAACUACAAAGAGAGAUAUGUGACCAAGGUGACUUGACUGGGAAGUGCAUUGAGCUAGCAGGUUUAGAAAGUAUGCUUGAUGAUCUAGAAAUUUGUGAUGUCUCCCUUCCUUGGCAAUCUGCUUUACAACUACCAUCGGAGGAAGAGCCUGACAUUAGUCGGUCUUUUUCAUCUAUAUUGCCUUCAUUUGUUCCUCAUGAGCCAACCAGAGAGUUGGAAUAUCACUCUUCAGAUCUCAGGAUGUUGAGGGUAUCUCCUGAGAUUAUGCCAAAGACUCUCAAACAUUUACCAGGAGAUAUUUCUAAAGGAGGCAUAAGUGAAAUUACCCAAUCCAACUUGAAAGCCGACAUCACUACCACUUCUGGAGAUUCAGGCAUUGGAUCUCAUUUACCCUUGUCUUCUGAGGACUUUUCUCAGUUGGCUGUAAGAUCUUCUGUGGAGAAUACUAUUGGUAUACAUACUAUUUCUCUCAACCAACAGAGAUUGGCAAAUGGUCAUGUAACUGAAGAGACUCUACAAGCCUUACCUGUUCCAAAACUAGCUGACCAGAAGGCUGGAAUUUCAACAGUACCCUUUAGUUCCUACUCACUAAGAGAGAAGCCCAACAUUUUCUACCCACAGGCCUUGAGAGACAGUCAUCAAAUUGAAGAGGCUCUAAGAGUUUCAGCUGUUAUUGGACCUGUUGACCAGAAGAGCGAGAAAACAACAGUACCUUCUAGUUCCUAUACACAUAGAGAGAAGCACAAUGUUUUUUCUCAGCCACUGCUACCUGACAAUGUUCUAACUGAACAGGCUCUGAACGGUUCAUUUGUUCCUGGACCAGUUGAUCAAGUGACGGUGAUACCAACAGUUUCCUCUACUUUACACUCACAUGGAGAGAAGCCCCAUAUUUUCUAUCAACAGCCAUUGCCUGAGAGUCAUUUAACUGAGCAGUCUCAACAAGUUGCUGCCAUCUCUGGAUUUGCUGGCCAGAAGACUGGGAUACCAACAGGAACCUCAGCUUCUUACUCACAUAGAGAGAAGCCCCAUAUUUUCUAUCAACAGACAUUUCCAGAAAAUCAUCUAACGGAGCAGGCUGUGAAAGUUUCUGUUGCUCCUGGGUCUACAGAGCAGAAAACAGGCAUACCAAUAGUUUCCUCUGCUUACUCACAUAGAGAGGAGCCCAGUAUUUUCUACCAGCAAGAGUUGCCAGUCAGUCAUCCAGCUGAACAGUCUCAACAAGCUGCAGCUCUCUCUGGAUUUGCUGACCAGAAGACUGGAACCUCAGCUUCUUACUCACAUGGAGAGAAGCCCCAUAUUUUGUACCAACAGACUUUGCCAGGGGGUCAUCUAACUGAGCAGUCUCAACAAGCUGCAGCUGUUUAUAGAUUUGCUGACCAGAAGGCUAGGAUACCAACAGGAACCUCUACUUAUUCACAUGGAGAGACCAGUUUUUUCUAUCAGCAGAAGUUGCCAGCUAGUCAACUAACUGAACAGGCUCAGAAAAUUUCAUCUAUUCCUGGACAAACUGACCAGAACACUGGGAUACAAACAGGACCAUCUAGUGCCUACUCACAUAGAGAGAAACCCAUCAUUUUUUACCAGCAGGAGUUUCCCGAUAGUCAUCUCACUGAAGAGGCUCUAAAAGUUUCAUCUGUUCCAGGACCAGGUGAGCAGAACACUGGGAUACCACCAGGUUCCUCUGGGUUCUACUCAUUUGAAGAGAAGUCCAGUACUUUCUACCAACAGGCAUUAGCAGAUAGUCAUCCGACUGAAGAGGCCCUGAAAGUUUCCACCAUUUCUGGACCAUCUGACCAGAAGCCUGGGAUACAAACAUUACCCUCUAUUUCCUAUCCACAUAGAGAGAAGCAUAUUAUUAUCUCACCACAGGCCUUGCCAGAUAAUCACCUACUUGAAGAGGCUCUGAAAGUUUCAACUGUUUCCAGACCAGCGGACCAGAAAACUGGGUUGCCAGCAGAACCUCCUACUUCCUACUCACAUAGAGAAAAGCCCAUUUUCUACCCACAGGGCUUGACAGAGAGUCAUUUGUUUGAAGAGGCUCUGAAAGUUUCAGCUGUUUCUGGACCAGCUGACCAGAAGACUGGGUUGCCAUCAGAACCUUCUAGUUUCUACUCACCCGGAGAAGAGUCCAGUAUUUUCUACCAACAAGGGUUGCCAGAUAGUCAGCCAGCUGAAAAGACUCUGAAAGUCUCAGCUAUUCCUGGCACAGGUGAUCAGAAGCCUGGGAUACCAACAGUACCUCCAAGUUCCUAUUCACCUGGAGGGAAGUCCAUUAUUUUUUACCAACAGGCCUUACCAGAUACCCAUCUCACAGAAGAGGCUCUGAAUGUUUCUACUUCUGGACCAGCUGACCAGAAGACUGGGUUACCUACAGUAUCCUCUACUUCCUACUCUCACAGAGAGAAGCCCAUCAUUUCUUACCAGCAAGAUCUUACUAAAGAGGCUUUAGAAAUUUUAGGGGUUUCUGGACCAGCUGAGCAGAAAACUGGGAUACCAGUAGUAACCUCUAUUUCCUACUCUCCUGGAGAGAAGCCUAUCAUUUCUUAUCAGCAAGAAUUGCCAGAUCAUAGUGAAGAUGCUUCAAAACUUUUAGCAAUUCCUGGAUCAGUUGACCAGAAGACUGGUGUACGAAUUGUGCCCUCUUCUUCCUACUCAUAUAGAGAGGGCCCCAUCAUUUCUUACCAGGAGUUGCCAGAUAUUACUGAAAAAACUUUGGAAGUUUCAGCUGUUCCUGGACCAACUGACCAGAAGACUGGGAUACGAAUAAUCCCCUCAGGUUCCUCCUCAUAUAGAGAGAAGGGCAAUAUUUUUUACCAGCAGAAGUUGCCAGAUAUUACUGAGGAAGCUUUAAAAGUUUUUGCUCUUCCUGGACCAGUUGACCAGAAGACUGAGAUACCAGAAGGAUCUUCUAGUUCUUAUUCACAUAAAGAAAAACCCAGGAUUUCAACUGUGAUUUUACCGGAUGACCAGAAAACUGAGUUUCCAACAGCUCCCCUCAUUUCCUAUGCACAGAUAGAGAAACCCAAGAAUUUAGCUGUGAUUGAACCAAACGGCCAGCAGACUCCGUUACUGACAGUUUUUCGUAAUUCUCACUCUCAGAGAGUAACGCCCAGUAUUUUCUUUAAACAGCAUUUGCCAACUAGACAACAUAGUGAAGAUAUUCAGAAGAUCUCAUCUGUUCCUGAAUCAACUGACGUGAAUUCUAGGGUACCAAUACCUCUUCCUAGUUCCUAUUCAAAUAGAGAAAAAUCUAAUAUUGUCUGUCCGCAGGAAUUGUCAGACAAACAUCUAACUGAAGAUGUACUGACAGUAUCAACAAUUCCUAAACCAGCAGACCAAAAAACUGUGUUACCAACAGCUCCUCAUUUUUUUUCACAGAGAGAAAAACAAAAUAAAUUCUGUGAACAGAAUUUGCCAAAUGGACAUCUAACUAAAGAUGCCCUGAAGUUCUCAAGUGGUCUUAGGCAAGCUGAUCAGAUUACUGGGUUAUCAGCAGUUUACCCUGAUACUUAUUCACAUAGUGAGAAGCACAAGUUAGCUUCAGACCAUGUCCAAAGGCCAAAAGAUCAUUUGGACUCUUCUAACUCUAGUAUUAUGUCAAACAAUAUGCCCUUAAAUUCUCAAGCUGAUGGUAGAGUUGUAAUAAAUAAGCCAGAACCUUCAGGUUUUGAAGAUACUGGCUCUGAGGAAUUCCAGGGUACAGAUAAUGGUUCUAAAACUCUUAAAGAGAUUCGGACACUUUUAAUGGAGGCAGAAAAUAUAGCACUGAAACGAUGCAAUUUUCCUGCUCCCCUUGUGCCAUUCAGAGAUGUUAAUGACAUUUCAUUUAUUCAAUCUAAGAAGGUUGUUUGCUUCAAAGAACCCCCUACAACUGAUAAAUCUAACAUUGAUUUGCCUCAGAGACAGUCAUUCACAAAAGAGAAUCCAAACAAGUACCUACAGAAGGAUAUUAGUACACAGACAAAUCUGAAAUGCCAGGGAGACAUUGAAAAUUGGGAGUUUGUUAGGUCAUCUACAGUUAGAAGUCCUCUACAGGAAUCAGAAAUCGAAGCCAGAAUGACAUUAGAUGAAACUCUUAGGCAAUAUAAAGCAGCCAGACCUGUAAUGAGAUCUGAACCUGAAGGGUGUAGUGGAACCCUUGGGAAUAAAAUUCUUAUCCCUAUGAUGACUAUCAUAAAAAGUGAUUCAAGUAGUAAUGCAAGUUCCUGCUCAUGGGACAGUAAUUCCGUUGAAUCAGUUUCUGAUGUUCUUCUAAACUUGUUUCCAUGUACUUCACCGAAGACAAGUAUGACAGAUUGUAGAGAGGAAGAGUGUGUGUCAGAGAGUGAUGAAGGGCGUGGUAGUAGUGUGGAUUCACUGGCUGCACACGUGAAAAACCUUCUGAAAUGUGAAUCCUCAUUGAAUCAUGCUAAACAAAUUCUCAGAAAUGCAGAGGAAGAGGAAUACCGGGUACGAGCACGAGCCUGGAAUCUGAAGUUUAAUAUGGCUCGUGAGUGUGGCUACUCCAUUUCAGAAUUAAAUGAAGAUGACAGAAGAAAAGUAGAAGAGAUCAAAGCAAAGUUGUUUGGCCAUGAGAGAACUGACUUGUCCAAGGGUUUACGGAGUCCACAGGGAAUAAGAUGCCAUCCAGAAGCUGUCUGUGGUCAUAUUAUUAUUGAGAGCCAUGAAAAAGGAUGUUUCAGGACUCUAACUCCUAAACAAUCACAGUUGGACAGCCAUCCUUGUAUCUUCAGAUCACCUGAACCCUUAGAAAUUAUCAGAGGACACCGGAGCCCAUCAUCAUGGAGAAGCAGGCACAUCAACCUUUCCAAAUCACUAGACCAGAGCAACACCCGUUUCAAAGUUUGGAAUUCCUUGCAGUUACAAAGUCGUUCCCCAAUUCAGAACUUUACAACUGAUGACUUCAAAAUUAGCAAGGGUUUUCAAAUGCCAUUCCGUGAAAAUAUGGACCCUUGGCUGUCAGAAUUAGUAGAACCUACUUAUGUGCUACCUGAAGAAAUGGAUUGUCAUUCUUCAUCACAAAUGCUGUCCCCAGAAUCCAUGAAAAAGUUUACUACCUCCAUCACUUUUUCAUCUCACCGACAUUCUAAAUGCUUUUCAGAUUCCUCUGUUCUUAAGGUUGGUGUUACUGAAGAUAGCCAGUAUACUAGAGCAUCUGUAACUCCAAAUUCUCCAUCCAUAUUUUUUGAACAACCUGAGUUCUGCAAAGUCCCACAUGCAGAUCACUAUAUAAGAAAACCUCCUCCUCCUCCUCGUACCUCUCCUCCUCCUCCUCCUCGUACCUCUCCUCCUCUUCCUCCCCCUCCCCCUCCCCCUCCCCCUCCUCCUCCCCCUCCUCCUCCUCCUCCUCCUUCACAUCAGCAUUAUGUAGCUCCAAAUCUUCCUUGUCACAUUUUUCUUGAAAACCGAGAACUCUUUGAACAAAGCAAAACCCCACAGGUAGAUCAUCAGAUGAGAAUAAACCACUCUCCCCUUCCUCAAGGUCAGAGUUAUAUAGCUCCAGACCUUCCUUCUUCUAUAUUUCUUGAACAGCGUCAGCUCUUUGAACAAAGCAGGGGCCCUGAUAUAGAUCACCAAAUGAGAAAACAAUAUUCCCCCCUUCCUCAAGGUCAGGAUUAUGUAGUAGAAAACAAGGAUCAACAAGAGCCUAAAUCAUACAUUUCUAAUAUAAACGUUGAAACUAGUAAAAUCAAUGAUGUGGUUUCCCAAUCAUCGCCAAAUCAAUAUACAUUAGUAACUACUCCAUCUACUCCACCUUCAAACAAAAAGGUACUUUCUUUUGUUCGUAUAACUCUUUCUCCCAAGACUUCCUCCAAGUUGGAUAGUGGAACCUUAGAUAAAAGGUUUCUUUCAUUGGAUUCAGCUUCUAAAACAAGGAUGAAUAGUGAGUUUAACUCUGACCUACAAACUAUAUCUUCAAGAUCAUUGGAACCAACCUCCAAAUUACUGACCGGUAAACUUAUAGUACAUGAUCAAGAAUCUUUAGGUUCUCUAGGACCUAAAUCUUCACCGGACUUUCAAGUCAUACAGUCUCUUCCAGAUAGUAAUAUUAUUUCUCAGGACUUGAAAACCAUACCUUUUCAGAAUAGCCAGAUAGUAACCUCAAAGCAAACACAAGUGAACUUUUCAGAUUUGGAAGAAUAUUCCAAUCCAGAAAGGACUCCAGUAUCUGCAGAUCGAUCACUGGAGAAGGUUAAGAUUCCACUUUCUGCCUCUAGAAAAUUAUUAUCUGAUGCAGUCACUCAGAUUACAACAGAAAGUCCAGGAAAAGCUAUGUUUUCAUCUCAGAUUUUUAUUAAUGCUGACGAUGGUCAACGUGAAAUUCCAGAGCCUAGUUCCCAGAUGGACAAAGCUCCUAACAAGUUUGCUUCAUCAUCUUCAGUCCAACAGAUUGCUGUUCCUCGUGACACUAACGGAGCUCAGCCUUCAGUGUUGCCAUAUAAGCCUUCUGGUAGUACGAAGAUGUACUAUGUUCCACAAUUAAGUCAAAGUCCUUCAUCUAUGGAUUCCAAAUCGAAGAGGACCUAUGUUCCACAAUUAGGUCAAAUUCCUUCACCUAUGGAUUCCAAAUCAGACACCACCAUUGAGAGCUCACACUCAGGAUCCAAUGAUGCCAUUGCUCCAGAUUUCCCGGCUCAGGUGCUAGGCACAAGAGAUGAUGACCUGAAAUUCUCUGUUCAUAUUAAACAUAAAGAGGGGAUCUAUAGUAAGAGGGCAGUAACUAAGCCACCCUCAUCAAAGGAAAAAAAAAACAUUCAGAAAGAUAAUACAGAUUCCAGUGAUGCUGUUGCUGCAGAGCUCGCAGCUCAACUACAAGACACAAAGACUGAAAGCCUACCAGACACUAAAGCCAUUACGCAGCAAGAGGCGAUCCCUAGCAAGAGGACAUUUCCUAAGGAAGCCUGCUCAGAAAGUAAGGAAUCCUUGCAGAUAGAUAUUGAAGAGUCCAGUUCGGAAUUUGAAAAUACUACCCAUUCUGUAUUCAGGUCAGCCAAGUUUUACUUUCAUCAUCCAGUGCACCUACCAAGUGAUCGAGAUUUUUGCCAUGAAUCCUUAGGGAGAAGUGUUUUCAUGGGGCAUUCUUGGAAAGAUUUCUUCCAGCAUCAUCCAGACAAACACCAUAUUAGUCUUCCUCCCUCUUAUCAAACUGAGGAAAAGACAGAAUGUACUAGAAUAGAAAGCCUCCAUAUCAAUGUAAAUUUGGGAAACAAAGAAAAGAUACAUUCUACUAAAAGUCAGGCUGGAGAUCAUACAAAAUGUGACAAACAGAUUAAUGAUCAAAAAAAGAAUCGUAAGGUCAUCCCAGAGCCCACAACUCAGCACAUUACAAGUUUGAAUGAACUCUGGAACAAGUAUCAGGAGCGGCAGAAGCAACAAAAAUCUCACGAGUUCAGGGGUGGAAAAGAACUAUCCUUGGUGGAGCGACUUGAUCGUUUGGCUAAACUUCUUCAGAAUCCUAUCACACAUUCCCUUUGGCCUUCAGAAAGUACACAGGAUGAUAGCAGAGGGCAGCGAGAUACUAAGGAAUGGAAUGGUAGACAGCAACAGAGAAACAAGCUUCAGAAAAAGAAGCGGUAUAAAAGUGUGGGGAAAUGCCAUAAAAACAUGGGAGAUCUUAAAAACAAGGUGCUUUCUACUCAUCAAGCUGGAAGGUCCAAUCAGAUUAAAAUUGAACAGCUUAAAUUUGAUAAAUAUAUUCUGAGAAAACAGCCAAAUUUUUGUUAUAUAAACAAUACUUCUUCAGAUUCUAGACCCUCAGAGGAGAGUGAGCUGCUCACAGAUACUGCCAUUUCCACCACAACUUCUCCUGUGGAAUCAGAUAUAUUGACCCAAACAGAUAAAGAAGUGACUUUGCAUGAAAGGAGCAGCUCUCUUUCCACCAUUGACACUGCCCGAUUGAUCCAGGCUUUUGGCCAUGAAAGAGUUUGUCUGUCACCCAGGAGAGUUAAAUUAUACAGCAGUAUCACUGACCAUCAGAGGAGAUACAUUGAGAAGCUGAGCAAGAACAAGAAGAAAGCAUUGAGUUGUCCCCAAAUGACUUCUGAACACACCAGAAGGAAACACAUCCAGGUGGUAAACCAUAUGAUUUCUUCUGACUCUGUUUCAUCUUCUACCGGUAAUUUCUGGAGCUCAAACUCUACCCUUUGCGACAAACAAAAUGUACAUAUGUUAAACAAGGGCGUGCAAGCAGGAAACUUGGAGAUUGUGAAUGGUGUCAAAAAAAACACUCGAGAUGUUGGGGUGAUUUUCCCAACUCCAAGUCUUAGUGAGGUUAAUAUGGAAGAGGACAGUGAUGUGACUUCUUGGUCAGAAGAAAAAGUAGAAGAAAAAAAGCUCCUUACCAGAAAUCUUGGAGACAAAAAGUUAAAGAAGAACAAGCAGAGUUGCUGUGAAGAAGUUUCAUGGUUUGUUCCUGUGGAAAAUGUGAAGUCUGGUCCUAAGAAGGAAAACUUCAAUCAUCGUGGCCCUGGUAUCGCCUGGUUUGCACCGAUAACCAACACCAAACCCUGGAGGGAACCACUGCGGGAGCAGAACUCGCAGGGCCAGCACACGGCCAGCCACACGUCACUAGCAGGCCCAGGCAGAAGCCCACUGAAGCCACUGGUGAAAGCAACCUUACAGGAAUCACUUCUGUUUCACAGACCUGACUUCAUCUCCCGCUCUGGGGAACGAAUAAAACGCCUGAAGUUAAUAGUCCAGGAGAGGAAGCUACAGAACGUGUUACAAAGUGAGCGGGAGACGCUGUUCAACACUGGGCGCGAAUGUCAGGGCCAGGGGGACGCCGUGCACCUGUUUUCUAAGAGAGGUUUCCUGGCUGCCCAGAAGUAUAAGCCUGUUGGAAAGAAGGAAAUGAUUCAGAGGUCUAAACGGAUUUAUGAGCAGCUUCCAGAAGUACAGAAAAGGAGAGAAGAGGAAAGGAGGAGACUGGAAUAUAAGUCGUACCGGUUGCGAGCCCAGCUGUAUAAAAAGAAAGUGACCAAUCAACUCUUGGGGAGAAAAGUUCCCUGGGACUGACAUAAGAUUAUUUUCUUCAGAGCCGUGGAAUUUUAUUUUAUCAACCUGAAGAAGCGUAACCCUUACUUUUUGAGUCUGGUUCAAUAAAACAAACUCUUUGUCCAUGUGUAAUUUAGAAGUAGUAACCUUCUAAGGAGUCCGGGGCACAGUGGUAAGAUUAUUAAUGUUUUGGGAGCAAUACUUUCUUUACAGUGGCCUUGCCCACAGGAGUGUUUGUUAUAACGUUAUUAUUUCUUAUUCUAGAUAAGAGUCCCUUUUUGUUUGUGUUUUUAUACUUUUAGGAAAUAAAUAACUUCUUUUUUU